CUUGUCUGUGUCCAUACUCCCAUUGUGAUUACAUCCCAUGAUAUGUUUCAAAACCCAGUCUUUUGUUUGAAUUUGCUUUGUACUUUGCUUUUUGUUAGUUAUUAUUAAAGCAUUUUGAGUUGCUUUUUGUUAGUUAUUAUUAAAGCAUUUUGAGUUGACUGCCAAACUGCCUUGCCUCCCCGCUUCCCUACUUUUGGGUCCAGGUCGCUUCCACGGCGUGACAAUCUUAAUGGAGAGCAGGGUGAAGAAGAGGAUUGGGCUCACGUUUCAUCUUCUCCAAGAUGGCAAACCUUGUGACAUCGCUCUGCUGUGUAGUUCUGGCCGCAGUGGUGGUAGCCUAUGCGCAGAGACGCAGUCAGCUAGUUGCAAGGAACCAGUAUGAGCGAAUGGGCAGUGACGUCACCAUGCAGUGCGGCUCCUUGGACAAUGACGCAUCAGUGUCAUGGAAGGUGAACGGGACGGACGUGAAGGCCCAGCAUCGUCUAGAAGGCCCCAGACUCAUACUGACCCAAGUGGACCUGGGCCACAAUGGACUCUACAGCUGCUUUCAGAACCCAAAUGGAGAGAGACGUGACACCAUCAACCUCCGCAUCGGCAUUUCCCCUCGAGAGCCAAUCGUCUCCUGUAGAUCCAACACAUAUCCCAAAGGCUUCUACUGCAGCUGGCACCAGCAGCAUUCAACCUACAUCCCUACUACAUUUGAAGUAGAUGUUCAACAUAACCAACGUUCAUUGGAAGUCCAGAAAGAUUCUAUUCAUAAGAAUCGCUGCCAUGUACGUUUUCCAGAGGUCUUCUCCAGCUUCCCAUACAAAGUAAAUGUGACCGCAAUCAGCGCUUUGGGGAAAGCGUCUAGCACAAUCUCUUUUGAGGAAUCCAGUAUAGUCAAACCAGAUCCCCCUGAGCGUGUGACAGCAACUCCGAUUCGUUACAAUGCUCGCAGGCUGGAGGUAUCCUGGCAGAGUCCUGCGACAUGGCCCGACAUCGACAAUUUUCCACUGAAAUACUUCCUUCGAUAUCGCCCUCUCAUCAAGGAACAAUGGCAGCAUGUGGAACUAUCCGAAAGCACAUCUCACACUAUCACCGAUGCCUACGCUGGAAAGGAAUACAUCAUCCAGGUUGCUGCAAAAGACACAGAGAUUGGAACAUGGAGUGACUGGAGCGUUGCCGUCCACGCUACACCUUGGAUUGAAGAACCAGUGCAGACCACAUCCACGACUGAUGUGGAGUAUCUCACACGUAGGCAUGGGCCACUAUCCGAGUCUGACGAGACCAAGACCUCACCCAUACCUUCGUCCAAUGCACCACAGAAGGCUGAACCUCCAGUGGGUAGAGCUGCCAAACUUCUCACCUUCUUUACACCUCUUCUGCUCGGGAUGCUGCUGCUGUUCAUGUAAUGGAAUUUUCUUUAAGCCGAAGGAAGAGGAGGAUGUGGAGGAAGGAUAAGAGGCUGGAUUUUUGUUUUCUCUUUUGCACAAGUCCCAAGGAUAUAGUGCAUUGAUCAUUUCUGUCUGCCAAACAAUUCCUUGACUAGAUGACUUGGACAUUGCCCCAUGCAGCAUUUCCAAUUAAUGGUGAACCACACACGUUCUUCAGAGGAGCUAUUUCAGCCGUGGCGCCAACUUUAUUGUCUUCAUCAGCAGCAACAAUAGGAGCAUCUCUGCAAACACUUGUUGUCUAACAGCACCUGCUGGCUUUAAUUUCCUUUGCCUGGCUGGUAACAGUAUUGACCCUCUUCUCUGCUAUUUUUGUUAUGUUUUCGCCAAAUUUAAUUUUUGUGCGCUUGAAAAUACAGGAGCAUUCGCACAAAAACUUGCACACACAAAAUUCAGCAUGUGCAUAUGAGUUUGUGCCCAGUUGUUGUCCCACUGCCCCAUACAGCUAAAUUGUCAUGCCAAAGACUCAACUACUCCCCCCUGCAGUCAAAUACUGUCUCCAAACUGUGCACAUUGGAUCAGUUUGUGACGGUUGAUAAAUUGUGUUCAUUUAAUCAAGGAGGAGUCCUGCAGAAGCCAGGAAAAAAAAUCAAUGCCACUUGAAAUCCAUGCCCCCAUGAUUCAAAAGUCAGAUUUUUUUUUUUUUUUUUAAUGACAUGAGGACUAACACUUGCAAGAGUUGAAUAACAGAAGUAUGGAUUACUUCUAAAAUUAGCUAAGGAUUUUGAUUGUUAAAAAAAAAACACAGAAAAAAACAAAUAUAUAUAUAUAGAUAUAUAUAUACAUAGAUCUAUAUAUGUAUACGUAAUAAAGUCUUAAGCUGCCCAAUUGUUGUUGUUUUUUGACAAAGACAAAGCUGUUUUGGAGGCGUUGGUGGCUGUAAAAUAACACAAAUCACUUUGCUUUCUGACGCCUUCACGCGCGUAUAUAAAAAAUGUCUUUUUGCAGUUUUCAGUAGCCAAGAUCAACUGUUGCUAUUACAGUAUGUUAUUCCGAUGAGUAAUGAUGUGUUAUAUUGUAUUUUUUAUAUGUAUUUUAUGAAAACAACUACAAAAACACACAUAUAGGUUUUUAGUUCUUGUUACCACAUUUUUUUUUUUAAUCUGACAUUCAUAAUGGCUUACUUCUCUGAUCCUAUUUUGUAAACUAUGAUAUGUAACUUUAACAUUGAACAAAAGUUUAUUAUUUAAUAAUAAUAAUAAAAUAAUAAUGUAUGUAUUAGCAGUAGAAUGUCGUAACCUGUACCUGGGAUCUUUUUUUAUAGCUGUAAAUACAAUGACAGGUUUCAACCAUUAAAUGUGACCAUUUCACAACGAAUGACAACAUGCUGAGUCUCAUUUUUAGCACAGCUCAUUGUUACCAACCAUGUCCGUUUGUUUAAUGCAUACAGUAUUCUAGACUCUAAAGUUCUCAACAAUCAAUCAUUCAUAGUCUUCACUAUCAGCGCAGGGUUAUUCCGUAAGGGGCCUAGUUUCAAAAACUUAAAAUUCAAAUAUUUUCUAAACCAAAGCCGCUAGCGACCGAAAACCAAAACGGGCACCUCGCAUAGGCAUAUAUACAGGUAAGUCUCCUUGAACAGCAGCAUCAAAAAAUUCAAAGUUGUUCCCUAGUAAAAAUUCCGAUUAAUUAUUUUUGUUGUAUAACAAAACUUAAAUUGGGUAUAAAAUUCUCAGAUUU